CUUUAUGACUCAGCGCUUGUCCAAUCCGUCAAAAAGUUCUUUCAAAAAUUGAGAAAUCUUUUUAAAUCCCCCGAAAUAAAACCAUGAAGCGAAGUCAGUUCACGCACAAACCCUCGGAAACGGAGGAAAAGGUCGUCAUAGAGUACAAGGGCCGUUACUUUGAAGUGCCUCGGUCCGAGUAUCAAAGGCGGUUGACGCACAUCGAGCAAGCGCAAACAAGCAAACAAAUUCAGGCCGUGUCCCGAAUCCGUUCCGACGUUGCCUCCACCAGCCAUGGCCCCAACCCAUCCGCCCCGGAAGCUCGCUCCAAGAACAACAACACCGACAUGGUCACAAGCUUUUUCGACCAGUUGGAGCAGAGCUUUAAAAAGUCCAUGAACCAAUCGGAACGAGCUCAAGAAGCGCCAAAGACCCCGCUGGAAAGCCAUUUCACCCUGGAAGACUGCAACGAGAGCCAGCAAACGAUCGUUGAACGACCCAAAGACUGUCCGAUUCCGGUCGACUCGGCGCCGCAAGAUCCACGCCUGUUCAUGUACGUGGCCGAUUCGCUGGCACAGCUCAAGAGCACCGUGACGGACCUGAUCGAUCGCAUCAUUGUGGACAUCGAGUCGAAGGCGAGCCUUAGCCAGAAUGUUUCCUGCGAAACGGUUCUGAUGAAACGGACUCUCGGCGAGGGGGGCGAGAAGUCGGUUCAAAAUUCGGAGUUCUAUGCGCAGAGCAAGCAGUUGUACGGAGAAAUUGAGGACAUUGUCAAGCGAUUGAAGGAUUUGGAAUGACAUCUGCGAUUUUAUAUUUUAGUGGAUUUUUAUUUUAUAAGUUUGUUUAAUAAACUACUUUAAAAA